AUGUGGGCGGUUAAAUACUUUGCUAACUACAUUGGCGGCCAGAAAAUCAUCAUUGAGACACAGCACCAGCCAGUGACCUUCCUUAACAGUCAGCGCAUCAGAGAUGGUGUGGUGACCAAUGCGCGAAUUGCAUCAUGGCUGCUGGCUCUUCAAAGCUUCGACAUUGAGGUGCGCUACGCCCAGAACCGACGUAGCCCUCUUGGCAUGGGUUUGGCUGCGUGCCAACACUGCUCGGACGACGCCAUCGCGUCAGUCCCGCCAGCCAGCCCUCCUCAGACUCUUCUAAACCACAACCACCACUACUUCGACCAGUCUUUCUGUGUGGACUUGCCGACCGUGUACGUCGAUACGAGCGAACAAUACUUACAGGACCUGAAAACCCACCUGCCUGCAGCAUUCUCGUUUGCACAGGCAACUCUGGAGAAGUCGGCUGAAGGCAGGAACUCUUAUUACGAUAAGAAAGCCUCACAUUCCAAACUCGACGUAGGUGAUGAGGCCUGGUACUACAUUAUCGCUCCCAAAACGGGUAACAAUAAGGCGAACUCUGGGAAGCUGGCUAAGAAACUUUUGCCCGAAUGGUCGGGUCCAUGCCUGAUAACAAAUAAGCUAUCUCCGGUCGUGUAUCAGAUCAAGAUUACCUGCAAAAACAAGGCGCCCGUCUACAAAUGGGUCCACAGGGACCAUAUCAAACUGCACAAGGGUUCCACAGAUUUGGUCGAUGCCAACAACGACAAUUUACCGACUUCGAAAGGGGGGUGAUAAAUGCGCCUCGUUGGUUCCACGAUUUCGAUCUCAGGUUACACAAGUUUGUAUGUUUGUGUGUGCGCAUGGUUGUCUUUCAUGUUUAUACGUCACGUGCAGACUUGGGGUGUGUUGAGAUGGACAUGCUGUGGGAUCCUGGAGUCAGGUAAACGGCCAGGUAACAGUGAGUGGGUUAGGCCACAUAGUACUGUUCUCCAAAAUGUUGUGUUCUUUUGAUCUUUACUAAUCUUAAUUCCUUAUGGGUACAUUAACAUGAAAGUGAUUACUAACUCCACUGAUUUACAUUUUAGUAUUGAUUUACACUUCUAUUUUUUAUAGUGUCUUUGUCAGGAUGAUUGAAACGAGAAAGUUAUGAUUUUCUACAUCGAUUUACCUUACAGGGCUAAAACCAAUUUGGCCUCUAUCCUGUCAGUGUGUAUUUCGUGUGAGGAUUCACUGAUACCAGACAGGGUUCUUUCAUUUUCUGCUUUUCGCACCAUCCUUUUUGCCUCUCACACAGAGAGGGCUGCAUCCAUUUCUUCACUUAAAGGGUAAUUCACGUAAAACUUACACAUAGUACAACAGGUGCUCAUAGAGUUAGGUUUUUUAAAUUUUGUUUAAGGACAUGAAACGCAAUCUUGUCGUGUCUACAUUGAAGUGCCCUGCACUGUGCUCUCUCUCUCCUCUGCUGAGCUCGUGAGGAUCCUGCUUCCUGGGGGUGGACCCGUGACUCGUCAUCGGAAUCGACUCCUCCUGGCCCUGGACAUCCGUGGUCCCGGCAUGGCUUCUGGGACACCUCGUUCGCUGGGAUUACCUGCCUACUGCUCUUCCCUUUUGCUGGAUUACGAUAAGUGCUGUUACAAAGAUCAAUUUACUAUUUGGAAUAAUUCCCUGCUCAUGGAUACAUACAAGCUUUGCUCCUGCUUUACAUUAUUGCCCGUGGAGAUAUAAGGUUGCUGUUGCUUCAAUUAUGGCUUCCAUGGGGAAUAUCUAAUAACCUGCUGACUUGUGUGCUUCCCGAGGAGUAUGCGAGACUGUUCUUCGGCGUGGGGUUCGUACCUCACCACGGUUGGCUGUUCCAGUGGGAUCGCACCCUGCUCGGUUGUCAAGAUCCUCCAUAACUCUGCUGCCCUUUGACACAGUGACAGUGUGCAUAAAUUGCCAAGGUCGUGCGCUUGCUUCUGGUGUUUACAUUCCAGAAAAGAAGACAGAAGAAGGACGAAGAAUGCUUUUCAUUAGUUAAUCAAAGAACUUUAUUUCUAAUAAAGCUAAUCAAAAUAACUGUUGGUCAAUAGUAAUCAGGUGACUGAUCUGUGAAAUCACAAUGUAUGAUUUAUGUGUUUAAUGAAUAACAGGACUUUGGACUAACUGAGCUAGACAUCCUGAUCCCCAUAAGGUAAACACAUGACACAUUGUUCACUCAUCCAAUCAGAACUUCCUUUCUGUUGCGUGGCAGAGUUCUGUGGUGUUUAGUUAAUCUGUCCACUCCGAUUGGCUAAGAUUCAUAAACAACUAAGUUUAAUAAAACAGAACAACGCCAUUUUAGGUCAGUUCCAUCGAGUUCCAACAAAGCAUUCAACGUAGUUCAACUUGGUUCAACGCAGUUCCAACCAAGUACUCGACCAGCUCUCAAAUCCAUCAUCGCUAAGAGAAGUACAGACUGGCCAGCUGUAUUUUCUACUUUUAAGCUGAGAACUGUCAAGCUGGAAAAUCCUGUCGUUUUAUCAACAAGACGACGGUUCCUUCAGAAUAAAAGCUGAACUCUCUACGUGACGCUGAAACCUGCCGUUGUACCGGGAGACGUUCCUUAGACUGGUUUGUCGUGCUGCGACGCUGUUUCACCGGUUCCAGCACCAAAGGAGGGUCCAAGGACCUGGCGUCCGGAUCUUACACGGGGGUCUCCGAAACGGUACGUGGACUCAGCAUAGAUGGCGUCUCAUGUCUUCCUCCUGAAAUCCAUCGUUAUUAGUUAAACAAAACAACAUCUUGCCCUCAGACUCGCCUCGGUCAGAUGGAGAUUCUGAACUGACACACACACACCAACACUUCAGCUCACAUUCAUCACAUCCAUCAUUAGAGAGUUAGUCCUGGUGAUUGUUUCGAAUAAUUAUAAAAUAAAUAUUCUUAAACGUC